GGGAUGCUUCGCAAUGGCAAGGCUUUUCACCGCUGCUUUGGGCGUGAUAAGUUUGAUCACUUUUCCAUUGCGAAGUUGAUCCUGUUUCGCUUUUGCGUUUUUUGCUCGCUCUUUCGCCUCACUUUGUGCGACUGCUCGGUGAGUCUACCACGGCGGCUUUCAGAUCACUCGGCCAUUCCAACUGGCGAUGUGGAUUCGCUGCAGAUUGUUUGGCAAAACGGUGAUUCCAUUUGGAGUCAGAAAAUUGACCGAAAGUUUUGCAAAGCCACGGGCGAGUCGCUGUUGGUGAACCGAUCGCAGAGCUUAGCGUUUCCAGGGAAUGGUCUCGCUGCUGCGGUGGCCACCAAAGCUGGCUUGGCCGUUGCAUGGAAGGACACCGGGGGCCUCUUUUUGACGCUUGGAGAAGGUCCUGUCCGUUUGGAUGGAGGCUCAACCGAAUCCAUUUCAUCUACAUCCAGUUCAUCCACUUCAUCCACACUGGUUUUGGUGGAGACCGACCAGGGCGUUGGAGUUGCUUGGAGCACAUGGCAGGAAGGCUGGGUGACUCACCUUCGGCGCUGCAGAGCCGCGCCAUUAGACUGUGGUCCGACCUUCGAUUUGCGGCGACCCAAUAUCAGCAUGCCGGCGGACUGGCUGCCAAGAAUGCUCUCGUGCAACCAUGGUUUGUGGGCACUUUUUGUUGACGGGCCAUAUCUGAACUUCCUCGGCUAUGACUCUUGGAGCAGUGGUCCCGUGGUGGACUACCGCGAUGAAGUGAUUAGCGCUGCUUUGGAUUGCGUGGGCGAGGAGGUUGUCUCUUUGUGGAUCGAGAAGAAUGGCACUGUUCAGUGGAGAUCCACGUCAAACCCACCAAGUCCACCUAUUCCACCUCCAGUUCCACGUGACAAUUCGUUAAACGUGUUGAACACAAUGCGCGCGCUGCGCACAGAGUCGAAAGGACUGAAUGCAUUUGUCUCUCAGGCCCAACGUCUUUUUGGAGCCUUUGGAGGUCCUGUGCUGGCUGAGCUCACCCAAUCAGUGUCGACGUCCACGUGGUCCACGUCGUCCAAGAACCAAAAGGACAUUGGUCCAGGAGAAAUCUCAGUCUUGGCGGUGAAUGGUUACAUGUUGGUGGUCAACACUUGGCCCAAACUGCAGGUUCAGCUCUUCAACUACUUGCAUCCAGCGCGCUAUCCCAUCCAUGCCCUCGCGCCCGGCGGGCAAAAUGUGGAGGUCCUCAUGGACUGUGCUGGAGGAGAGUGCCGUGGCACAUUCAUUUGCUGGUCUUCGGGAGGUGUCUUCAGGGAAGAUGCCAGCUUCCAGUGCACAUAUCAAAGUCUUAUGGGCUUAAUGAAUGUGGAUGGCCUUGGUGCUGCCGGACAGAUGGUGUUGGUGGUGAUGUUUUCCUUACUUUUUCUGCUUUGCCUUCUCAAGCAGUGCUCUGGAGGCGGCUUGAGGCGACGUUUCUUUGCUCGAACUGAGGAGCCAGCACAGCGGCGGGAAGCGCGCGAGCGUGUCUCUGAGCUCCGAAACCAGUUAGCGCAAAUUCCAUUGGUGCCAGUGCAAGGAUGCGAAGCCCCGUCUACGUCUCCAUGUCCUAUUUGCCAAAAUGAGGUCCAGAUCCGGGUGGCUCUACAAAGAUGUGGCCACACAGCCUGCAGGGAUUGUACAACCCGCCUUGUGGACAUGGCACAGCCUUGCCACAUUUGUCGUGCUCCCAUCGAGGGCCUUCAAAUUGUUUACAUCUGAGGACACAAAGCCGACAAAACCGUUACCGCUGCUGUAGAUCUGCUCAUGUAUGGAACAUGUUAG